UUUGUUAUUUUGGGGGAGAUUUUAUUUAUUGUCUUCCCUUCCCUGGGACCAUGCAAUGGCUUUUCUUUGUUGGAUUUGCCUUGCUCUGCGUGAGUCUACCAUGCAUCAACAGUGCAUCUUUUCCAGUUGGGGUUUAUAAGACUGAAUGUUACAGUCGUAGCUUCUGGAUCUGGGUGCAAAAGGACUUCUUGGGACCAAAAUGGCAGCUGGAAACAUUCAAUGAGACUAGCUACCCAGUUGUGCUAGAUGAUGACCUUUCAUCGCAGUGUGGGUAUACUAAAAGUCGUGAUGUUUAUGGGAAUGUGGAAGUCAGGAUCUCCUUCCUUGGGUGCUGGGUUAAUAACUUGAACGACAAACAGUUUGACAUUGCAGUACAGUUCAGGGCGAGCCGUAGUAAUGGGGACACAACUUAUCUGAUAUCAAAAUCCUGCCAGCUCCUUGACCCUUGGAACAUGAGAGAGAUAAUCUGUGAAGAGACUUUCAUGGAGGUCUCUGUGAUAAGAAUUGUUCCUCUGGACAGGAAUUGGCUAAAGAUUGAACCUCAGCAAUUCUGGCCUUUGGUCAAGGGUGGAUUGUCUCAGCGCUGGCAGGUGCAGUUUACUGUGAACAAAACUCAGAUCAUAGUGUCUGCGGAGGAUGCUUUCAAGAAGGGAUAUGGAAUGAAUGCUACAGCAACCAGGGUGGUGUUCAGAGCCCCUUACCAGAGCCUGGAGUCCAUGAUCCUAACGGAAGGCGACUACCACUACGAUACCAUCCUGAGCAUUAUGUACUAUACCCAGGCUCUGAUUCGUCUCAUGGUGAAUACCACCCUCGCUUGCCCCAAUGAUCCUCCUGUCAUGACCCAAACAUCACUGUCAUGGCUGACCCCAGCUGUUCUCUCCCCUCUGGUCCUUGAACCCUCACUCUACACUACUACUGAUCUGAACAUGGGCCUUAAUGGACAGUUGAUCGAUGCCAACAUAAUUGCUCAAAACAAUUACACCUUCCGAAGUGAUGGCAACACUGUGGAUGUUACGGUGCCAAUUGGUGCCCCUGGAGGCUACACAGAGAGCGAUAUUGUGAAUGACACCUAUGGAAGCUCAUACCGUAUCCACCUCUUCCUGGAACAAGAAUGGCAUGAGCAACCAGCUGAUUUCACCAGACACACAAUGUUUAAACCAAUCGUCACUCCCUUUCAACCACUACACCCAAUCUUCAUUAAUUACACUAUCCCAGAAAACGACUAUUUUAACGUGUCUCUCGGUAACUUCUUUCCUGAUGUGGAUCUUAAGUCCUUCAUUAUUAAAAAUGUGCCACUUACUGUGAUCGCAGCAAAGAACAGGGGAUUUAAUGUGCUCAAAGUGCCAAACUCCAACAAUACCAACGCUUUCUUCCUUCAAGUGCCCUUCAACGACCCACUAGUGGUUCAGCAGUAUAUCAGUGAAACCACUAGUAGACGCUACACUCUGUAUGUGAGCUAUGUUAUGACUCUCUUGGAAAAGGACAAGUACUUCACAUACACCGAGGUGGUGGUGUGUAUCUUGGCAGAUGUCGUUCUUCCCACUUAUAAUGGUUCCUGUGGUGCUGAUCGCCUGAUUCUUGACAUGACCCACGGUAACCUUGACCGAUAUUGGAUUCCUUACAUCAGGAACCUGCCUCUGACCAGAGAUCUGGCGCAAUCUGAGAAAUAUGUGAUGAAUGGACAAGGACCAGUCUUCCAUUUUGAAGUCCCUCUUUUUGCAGUUGGCCUGGUUUAUGAGGAUAUCACACUGCGGGGUAUCGUGGCUCGUCUGGACUGGACUCUGAGGGACAACAAGACCCUGGAGAUAAAGAGCAAGUAUUCCGUUUUCUGCCGAUUCCCCACAGAUCGGCUGCUUGUUUGUUUCCCCAAUGGCACAGUAAAGGCAACCGUAAUUGGCUUGGACACCAAACCCAACUUUAAUCCUCAGAAAACACACUUAAAAGAUCCCACAUGCACUCCCAAAGAGGCAGAUGACACCUUGGCCCUGUUCUCGUUCUCGGUGUACAACUGUGGGACAGUCAGAAAGUUUGAUGGAAACUACCUUUUGUAUGAAAAUGAGGUUACCUUUGAUCGUGAAGUCUUGCUGGAAAAUCAACCCAUAAUAUCCCGGGAUUCAACCUACAGGUUGACCCUUCGUUGUAAAUAUCCUGUUCGGGACAUCCAGCAGUUGCAUGGCAAGUCAAAGGAAAGUUCAAUCAAAGGUGGAUUCUCGUCAGUUUAUCGAAGCAGCCAAGCCAGAGCUCUGAAGAAGAGGGAACAUGACGAAUUGGGAGCCGUGUUGAGACUUUCAAAAGAUGACACCUUUACCAACUUCUACCAGUCUGAGGACUUCCCUGUAGCCAUCCGGCAAGCAGCAGGUCUUUAUUUUGAGGUGGAUGUGCCCCGGAAACUACCUGGCUUUCCUCCAGCCAUGCUGCAAGAAUGUUGGGCGACAAUAACUCCCCAGAAGGAUGGCUUUCCUCAGUGGGACCUGAUAGCCAAUGGGUGUGCCAAAGAGGGUAUACAUUCCACCACCAUUAAUCUGUCACCAGACUCUCCCCCACGGUUCUGGGUGAAAAUGGAAGAAACCAUCAGCCAGAUCUAUGUUCAUUGCCAGUUAGCAUUACGUGAGGCUGUGAGCUGCCGAAACACAAAGAGGCCAGACCAGGAGACAGAGAAACGAUCUGUGCCACCAGCUGGACCAUAUCCUAUCUCAGUUGGACCAAUCACCAUUGUAAAAGAUAAUGGUGUCCAGUACCUGCAUGUUGGUGAGAAGACUUGGUCAUCGUGGGCCUGGAUCUUGUCUGUAGGACUUGCUGUAUUUGUUGUAUUCACUAUUGUAGCAGUUUCAGUAGCUGCUCGGAUUUUUGUAUGCUAA